CGUCGGCGCUAACAGGCCCUAGGGGCCCCAAAGUUGGGUGAUACAGUUGUGGGUCGUGUUCUUGCUUCGAAGGAGAUUAGCGCCCAUACCAUUAAGUUGAACCUCAUUCGUCUCCUGCAACCGCUCAAGGGAUACUCAUUCAUCUCCGUGUCGUCGAAUCGGUUUGUUAUAAACUUUGAGCACCAACUGGACUACAAACACGCUUUCGAGGGAAACCCUUGGAUGGUCGAUAAGCAUGCCAUUCUCUUCAAGGAACUCUCUCCAGGAUCUGACCCGAAUGAAGUUGAGCUAGCCCUUAUGCCCAUAAUUGCCCGACUUCACAACAUACCCAUGUCUUUGAGAUCUGAAUACACGUCGAGGGUCAUAGGUGGAAAAAUUGGGCAGAUGCUAGAGGUGUUUCCUCAAAAACCUAACACGUAUGGUGAUUUUGUUCGCAUCAGACUCAUGCUAGAUGUCAACCUAAAGCUUAAACGAGGGGUGUUUGUUCAAGAUCUGGAUGGGGAGAAGCUCUGGGUCUCCAUUACGUACGAGCGUCUCCCCUCAUUUUGUUUUCUAUGUGGUCGGAUUGGUCACAUGGAGGCGAGAUGCCCAUCUUGCUACGAAUCGGACUUUGUCGAUCACGGCUCUGAAUUCCAAUAUGGCACGUGGCUCAAAGCGUCAUCAUCUCGCGAUGAGAAAAAUAGUGGUUUACCACUGCAUAACAUAGCUCUGCAACCUACGACCACUCGCUCCACGGGUUCCCCUCCUAAUGUUGAGAUGCCAGGGCACCUGAGGCACAUGGAAAACAUGUUGGGUAACUACCAAAGAGUUGGAAAGGAAAACAGUGGGGCCAUUCAUUGGGAUGAUUCUCAGUUAUACACCAACUCUAUCACCAUGAUGCCCAGUGGUGGAGCUCCAGCCCAAGUUAGGAAAUACAUUCAAGUUAGCAACACAAACAAGAAGAAGCGAGUGGACAAUACUAAGGUACUAGAUGGGAAUCGAGCAACCAAAAGAUCUCACCUUUUGCUUAGGGACAAGGAUUUACCAAUAUCGGCAGAGGCUGCGGGGCAGCCCAGCCGGGAUUAAUGAGUUGCCUCUAUUGGAACUGCGGGCUCUUCGUUGUGAGCUACGAGUUGUCCUUGCCAUGUGGGAUAAGAGAUCGCUCUAGAGAACUCGCUCAUGGGGAGAGAGAGAGAGAGAGAGAGAGAGAGAGAGAGAGAGAGAGAGAGAGAGAGAGAGAGAGAGA